AUGAAUAACUACAACAUCAGAUUAUCCUUUGACAAACUUGAAUCAUUUGACAUGCACAGAUCAAGCUUAACAUCAUUUGUCCUUAUCCGCAAUUCGUUAAUAUCUGCAUUAACAAGACAACAAAAUGCUGUGGAGAUUAUGUAUGAAGAACCACAACAUCAACUACAAGAAGAGAAACAAGAAGAAGAUUAUGAGCUAUCGGAUGAGGAGGAGCAAGAAGUGUGGUUAGAUUCAUGCUUUGAUCAAUUAGAUCAGGAUGAAGACAAUAGCAAGCCAUUGUUUGAUGACUGCGACUCUGAAGAAGACGAUGAAGAUGAAGCUAUGCCAUUGUCGCCUCAAGAAAGCAUUAUCCCAUUCUACAAGAAGAAGCCAACAUUCUUUAUCAAUGAAGACGAGGAGGAAGAGGAAGAUGCCUUAAUGUGCUACGAUAUUCCCUUCUUAUCGCUAUAA